AUGGGAAUACAAAAGAAGCCCCAGAAAAGUCUAAUGAAGCUGAUAGAGAACCAGCCUGGGAAGAGUGCGCCGGGAAAAUCAACGCAAUCCCAGAUUCCUCCCUUUCCCACCAGGUCUCCUCUUACUGCUCCUCAUCAACCUUCUCAUCAACCUCCCCAGCCAGUCAGAGCUGAUGCUACCAAAUUGAAAAGGCGCAGGAAGCAAAAAGGGAAAGAUGUGGCCGAUACAGGAAAGUCCCGUCUGACCCGCGAAGAAGAUUCCCAACGAGCUGCAAAGCAGCAAAAGAUUAGUCAUACUCUUCAGCGAGGCCAGGAUAUGUCUGACACUCAACCUCCGGAGCCUCAAGCUUGGCUACCAACACCCAUGCAUGGUGGGGAGCCCCUACGAGAUGAUGCCUCUAUUAAGGACUUUAACGGUGGCAUUGGGUGUCACAUAGCCUCGGCUAUAGAGGAGGCUUUGUUACUCCCAAAGGACAUGGCCGAAAUAAAAAAUGCAAGGAAGAAUGAAUUCAUCCUUAACAAUAAAAGAUAUUUGGGAAUGGUUAUCCAAAACACUUUUAGACUGGAUGAGAUGCUCAAUAACUGCUACAAUCAGUUAGAAGAUGAAAGGAAAAGACGGGCAUCGGCUGUACAAACUUUAACAAUAUCCGAGCAAGACUUGGCGAACACGAAGAAGAAAUUAAUUGCUAAGGAGCAAGCUCGCAAAAGCGCUGACUUGGCCUUAGAAGGCUUCCAAAAGCAAGCCGAAGACCACAGAAAGCGCUUGUGCGAAGCAAAUGAGGAAUUGAAGGCUGCCCGGGAGCAAGUGGUAGUUCUUAAAAAGCACUUGGAGGAAACCCAAAAAUUAAAAGAGCAAGCUGAAAAAUCCAGAGAGGAAACCGAGAGGGCAAAGGCUGAGGCCAAACAAGCAACGAAUGAGGCCGAACAGAAAGGUUACGACCUCAGGGUGGCUAAGACGGAGGAGACCCUGAGGGCAGAGGUGCCAAUGUUAAGGAAGGCAGAGAAUGUGUUCUACCCAACAGCAAUCCGCACCUCGGAUCCUCCAUCCAGUCAUGCUGAAGACACUCCCUCAACCACUAAUCCUAAUCAGAAGGUUUUGCCUCAAAAUCUUCCUCCCCCUAGCCAACCAGAACCAGCUAAAGAGACUAAUGCCCCUCCAGAAGCCUUCUUGGACAAGACUGCAGCAGCUUCUGAAGCAGAGGUAGCCUCUCAAGGCUUUCAAUAG